CUGGAAACAGUGAAAGAGAAACUUAAUAAUUUGGAAUUAAAACUGCAAGGCAGAAUUGACAAAGUUGAAAAGAAUACAGCCGAGAACUCCAAAGCCGUGAACUCCAAACUUGAAAGUCACUCGAGUAAACAUAAACGUCACUCAAGAAAACUUAAACGUCUCUCUAAAAAACAUAAACGUCGCUCUAAAAAACUUGAACGUCAUGCAAAACAACGUGAACAUCUUACCAAAAAGGUCCAAACGGAAGAUCAUGAUAAGCAAAAAGAAAUUUAUUCAAAGUUUGGUAAUAAAGGUAUUUAUAAUGUAUUUUACUACAGCGCAUAUUUGUAA